AUGGAUCCAUCCACAUCCACUUCCACUUCCACUUCUACUUCCAGCCAUGCUUUAGAAUUACAGAACCUUAACUCAGUUUCUAGUGGGAACCAGGAGGAUUUCACAUGCAUGGCUCCUGAAAUUUACAGGGCUGCUGCAGAAGGCGACACCAAUAUCCUCGAGGGAAUGCCUAGCGCUGACCUUCGAGUCCAAUUAACACCCAAUAAGAACACCGUCCUCCACAUUGCAGCGCAGUUGGGUCAACUGAAGUGCGUUGCAUGGAUCAUUCAGCACUACUCAGUGGAUUCGUCCCUACUGCAGUGCCCCAAUCUGAAAGGGGACUCCCCCCUCCACCUUGCAGCGAGAGAAGGGCAUCUAGAGGUCGUGAAGGCUCUUAUCCGUGCUGCAGAAACAGUUUCCGAAAGGGAUUCUGAGAGUGGGAUUGGAGCAGAUAAGGCCAUCCUGAGGAUGACCAACAAUGAGAAUGACACAGCGUUGCAUGAGGCAGUCCGGUAUCAUCAUCCUGAGGUGGUGAAGUUGUUGAUCGAGGAAGAUCCCGAGUUUACAUAUGGUGCAAACCUUUCUGGUGGGACUCCUCUAUACAUGGCUGCUGAGAGAGGGUUUAGAGACUUGGUGAAAAUAAUCAUAGAGAAUACUACUCUCAUUCCACCGGCUCACACUGGCCCCAUGAGGAGAACAGCUUUGCAUGCAGCUGUGGUUUGCCAUGACCCAAAAAUGGUAGAAGAAAUUCUGAAAUGGAAGCCGGAUCUAACAACAGAAGCAGAUGAAAACGGGUGGUCUCCACUUCACUGCGCUGCAUACUUGGAUUAUGUUUCAAUAAUGAGGCAAUUACUUGAUAAAUCUGACAAGUCUGUAGUCUACUUAAGGGUAAAAAACGAUGACAACAAGACAGCUCUUCAUAUUGCGGCCACUCGUGGAAACAAGCGCACAGCAAAACUGUUGGUGUCACGCUAUCCAGAUUGUUGUGAGCAAGUGGAUAUCAAUGGAAAUAAUGCUCUUCACUUAUUCAUGAUGCAAAGAAGAUUUUUCAUAAGCUUGUUAAAGAUUCCUUGGAUGAAUGUGGGAGCACUUAUAAAUGAGAAGAAUGCUGAAGGACAAACACCUCUCCAUCUGCUUGCCCAUUCCCAACUGAGAUAUCGUCCAGCUUACAUAAAGAACAAGAAAGUAGAUAAGAUGAUACUUAACAGCCAAAACUUGACUGCUAUGGACGUAAUUUCAUCGGCUGAGGAUUUAUAUGGACACAAGGCUGUUAUUGUACGGCACCUGAAAUGGGCCAAAGCCAGAGUCGGGCCUUUGUUGCGGCAGAAGACUAUGAGCAAAGACAAGGACAACAAAGACGAGGAUAACAACGAAAGAAAACGUAAUAAAGGUUUAGACGUAUCUUUCUUAAAGAAAGCAAGCAAUAGUCAUUUGCUAGUUGCCACACUCGUAGCCACUGUAUCCUUCGGAGCAGGUUUUACAUUGCCCGGUGGGUAUAAUAAUAGUGACGGCACAGCCAUUUUAAGAAAAAAGAUAGCUUUUCAAGCAUUUGUUGCGUUUGAUUUCUUAGCCCUGUUGUCGUCUGUGACUGCUAUAUUGUCUCAUUUUUAUGGUGCACUGAAUCACAAAAAGGCGCAGCUCGCAUCAUCACUAAGCUUGGCCUAUUGGUUCACCCAGUUGGGUAUAGGAGCAAUGAUAGUAGCAUUCAUGAGCGGCGUGUACACCAUGGAUCCACAUCACUCAGGGAUGACCUUUUCUAUUUAUAUCAUCUUCAUCUGCGUUUCGAUUUUCAUCUUAUUCACUGUGGUACGCCAAAUUCAACGUUAA